CUGAGUGCUCUCAGUUCAGGGUGUUUACAUUAGUGCUGAGAAAAAGCAAUGCCUUAAUUCCGUGGGCGAGUGGUGUGCGGUGACUGUCGGCUGUGUCGUUUUAUUGACAGUAUGUCUCUGGGCAGACAAAAUAGUUGAGACCAAAGCAGUGCUGGUGUGAAUAGUUAUGGUCCCAAAUUAAUAGUGAUGCACUAAGCCUUGGAUACACCCUGCAGCAAAUACAUGGUAUGAAAACACUAAAAUGAGUCCUGUCAAGACAAGGUUUGUCAUAGGGGCUUAAUUUUGCUAUUAGUGGGUAACACGUCUCGUUAAUGUGUAUUGCUCAAACCAAGCAGCAGCCUGUCACUUGCAUGUUGUAGCAAUGCUAUCUCUUGCUUCGUUCAGUGGUCAUUAUGAUUUAUUGUGAGUCUGCCUUAGCACCUUCUGCAGCUGCUGUGAAAGGCUAAAACUUCUCUCAGCUGCUGUGGAAAUGGAGCCAGGCUUGAAGACCCCUUUGGUAUCUUCAUUAUGAGAAGUAACAGCACAAUCUGGUGUCCUGUCCCCAAAAAGGGUAGAUGAAGUACAGAGCUCUCAGGUUCAGCUGUACUUUUGGAGCCCAAUGUCCCUUAAAAUGCUCUUGGCUGAUCUUCAGGGCGUUAGCUCAGGGUUAUGCACGUACACACAACAUGUGGCAGUUCCACCUGACAACACUUGGAGUAGCUUGCACUUGUAGUAUUUCCAACUUCAUUUUAAAAAAGACAAGAACAUCUCUCAAAGGGAAUGCUACCGUGGUGGAAAUCCUUGCUUUUAUCUCCCCGGUUCCCUGCUGCUGCAGAGCCAGGGCAGGGAGAUGGUGCUGGUGAGCAGGAUGAGCCUGAGGGGGCUUAGAAAUGGCCUGGCUGGGACAGGGGCAAAUUAGUGGAGAAAGCACAGCCCCAGGAGAGGCUCACCUAGGUCAUGGCUGGAGAAAUGCUUCAGACCUCUUGGGUACAGAGUUUGCUUCAGGUCUUGUGGGUUGUAUUGGGUUCAGCGGCCAUCUGGGCAGGUCUCUCGUGUGACCAGGAGUGACAGGCCCCGUGUUCCAGGUGUCGCUGUGACACCCCGGGCUCGCUGCUGGCCCCUGCGAGGCUGCGAGCUCAGCCUCCGGCAGCACAGUGGCUGAAUGUGCUCGAGGCAGGUAUCAUCCUCCGAGUCUGAGAGGAAUAACAACAUCUUCUGGCACACUGCUGUAAGCCUCCGGUGAUCAAAGAAAUGAACAGCGGUGUCUGACGUGAAAUGAUGAAGUCAAGAAGCUUUUGGUUAUCUCUCGUACUGCUUGGGGUUUUCUCGUCUGUCACGAGGGGAUGGAUGGACUCGGCCGGGAGCAGAAGGCCGUUUUCGGAUGGAGGGAGGUUGCACCAAGAGGAAUCCAGAAGGUUUGAAGUCACAAGAGGAAAAGUGCUUUACGGUGAGGAUGGCCUGCAUGCGUCAUGCGAGAAGAAGUACUGCGGCCGGGGGAGCAAGUGCGUUGUGAACAAGGACACCAAUCAGCCCGAGUGCAGGUGCGUGGAAGACUGCAAGUCCAGCUACAUGCCCGUGUGUGGAUCUGAUGGCAAGUUUUAUGAAAAUCACUGUCAACUGCAUCGAGCCUCGUGUCUGCAGAGGAAGAAAAUCUACAUUAUCCACAGCAAGGACUGUUUCUUCAAAGGUGACACGUGUACAAUGGCGAACUACAGCCGGCUCAAAAGCAUCCUCCUCGACCUGCAGGCUCGUCGCCGGAGCCCCCCGAGCAGCCUGGCCGCGGACAGAGCAGCCCAGAAGCGCUUCUUAGUUGAAGAUCUGUUCAAGCACUUGGAUGUAAACGGUGACAGGCAUCUCAGCAGCUCCGAGCUGGCUCAGCUCAUGGAGAAGGAGGAUCUGGACGAUGAUUUAUUGGAUUGUACGCUAGAAGACCUCCUCCGGUUUGAUGAUUAUAACAAUGACGGGCGCUUAACCCUGCAGGAGCUCUAUACAGCCUUCCAGGUGGUUCAGCUUAGCCUGCCGGAGGACCAGAAAGUCAGCGUUACCACCAUCACGGUUGGCCUGAGCACCAUUCUGACGUGCGGCAUCCGUGGGGUGCUGCGGCCCCCCAUCAUCUGGAAACGCAACGGCAUCAUCCUCAACUUCCUUGACUUAGAGGAUAUCAACGAUUUUGGAGAAGACGAUUCCCUCUACAUCACCAAGGUAACGACUAUUCACAUGGGCAAUUACACCUGUCAUGCCUACGGCUAUGAAGAGCUGUAUCAGACCCACAUCCUUCAGGUGAAUGUGCCGCCGGUGAUUCGCGUCUACCCUGAAACGCAGGCACAGGAGCCUGGCGUGUCAGCAAGCCUCAAAUGUCACGCCGAAGGCAUCCCUAAUCCCCGAAUUACCUGGCUAAAGAACGGUGUUGAUAUCAUGCCAAAAUUAUCCAAACAGCUAACGCUCCUAGCAAAUGGAAGCGAACUUCACAUCAGUAGUGUUCGCUAUGAAGACACUGGUGCCUACACCUGCAUUGCUAAAAAUGAAGUGGGAGUGGAUGAGGACAUAUCUUCACUUUUCAUAGAAGAUUCAGCAAGAAAGACCCUUGCAAACAUACUGUGGCGAGAGGAAGGCCUGAGUGUUGGGAAUAUGUUCUAUGUCUUUUCUGAUGACGGGAUCACAGUCCUUCAGCCAAAUGAAUGUGAAAUCCGCAGGCACAUCAGGCCCGAAGAGAGAAUUUUCACGAGUUAUGAAGAGAUCUGUCCUAAAGCGGAAGGUGAAGGCACUCAAUCCUGCCUCUGGGCUUCAGCAGUCAACGUCAGAGACAAAUAUAUUUAUGUGACACAGCCUAAGCAGCACAGAGUAAUGAUAAUUGAUAUCCAGACUCAGAAAGCCAUACAGUCCUUGGACGUUGACCCGUUACCAACCAAGUUGCAUUAUGACAAAUCCCACGAUCAAGUGUGGGUGCUUAGCUGGGGUGACAUGCGGAAAUCCUCGCCAACGCUGCAGGUAAUACCAGAGGCGAGUGCAGGGGAGUAUCAGCAUGUUAUCCGCACGCCAUUUGAAGGAGUGGAUGAUUUUUUUAUACCACCUACAAAUCUUAUUAUUAAUCAUGUUAGAUUUGGCUUCAUCUUUAACAAAUCAAAAUCUGCAGUCCACAAAAUUGACCUGGAAACCGUGACCCACGUCAAGACCAUCAGCUUCAGGAACUACAGCUGCGUGCCGCAGACCAUGGCCUACACCCACCUGGGCGGCUACUUCUUGGUGCAAUGUAGGAGGAACAGGCUGAGGGCUGCCUCGCCACAGCUCCUUAUCGACAGCGUUACCGACGCUGUCAUCGGCACCAACAGCGACGUGUCGGGCACUCCUCACGUCUCCCCGGACGGACGCUACUUGGUCAGCGCGGAUGAAGACAGUGGCAGGAUCAAAGUCCAGGCUGUAACUGUCCAGGGGGAAAUCAAGUUGAUUUAUGACUUACAAACAAACAUACACGUAUCUGAUCUGACAUUUCAGCCCUCUUUCACUGAAGGCAAUCAGUACUAUAUAUAUGCUACUUCACAUUUGCAAACAGAUGUGCUUUUUGUAGAGCUGUCAACGGGGCAAAUGAAUGUAUUGAAGAAUUUAAAGGACCCUAUCACAUCCAAAGACUGGCCCUGGAGCAGCCACAACAGAAUUAUGAAAGACAGUGGAUUAUUUGGACAGUAUCUCAUUACACCAGCUAAAGAUUCAUUGUUUGUUAUAAAUGGGAAGCAAAAUACGUUACGUUGUGAGGUUUCAGGUAUAAGGAGGGGUAACACAGUGGUCUGGGUUGAAGAAGUAUGAAAGAGCAAUAGCAGUAGAGCCUUAGGCAGGCAAGUACCAGUUGGACCUUUACACUGCAACAAAUGAGCAGUAGCAUUGUAUAUUUAUACGCUGGUAAAGAAAAAAAAAAGAAAAAACAAAAACCCCCUGUAUAGGCUUCAUGGUACAACACUGGUCUACUUGCAAGUUUUAUAAGGUAUGCUCUGCUAAUAGGAAGUGGUUUUGAAGGGUUAUUUUUUAUUUAGGGGUAUGAUUUGUGGUUAUGAGAAAAAUGCUGGGAAGCAAAUAAUAUCUCCACUGAGAUAUCACAUAAGCCACAAAACCUAGUGAAUCUGUAGAACAAAACAGAUUUUGAGUUUCCGUAUUGAGGGGCUUUUAUGUUAUGUUCAAGCCAUCCGUUUUCUUUCCAUACACCUUGCCCGCUCGCUGUGCUGGUUGCCCCACCUGAUGACUGCAGUUAAAAUUCACCUUUGGAUGACGAGGGAAAAUAAGCAUCAGAGAGCAGUUUUCAAACCGCAGAAACCUAGGAGAGCAAUUUAAUGAAAACUGAUCAGUUUUCUCUGCAGGAUGGCUUUGGGGGGGUUCACGGAUGUGAUUUCAAAAGGAGGCAUAACAGAAAUAGUAACUGUCAGCUCGCUUUCUUCUGUGCUUAAUUUUGCUCCUGGUACUACUGAAAGCAAUGUUAUGAGUCCUGCCUCUUCUAAUGCAUAUGUGUAUGAUUGCAUGUGAGAAAUUUGGCAUGAAAUAUCCAGGCCAUUAGAGUGGAUAAAAGCCAGAAAGCACUGGGGGGGUCAGAGUUUGUAUACAAAUAUUUAUUGAGAAGGGGGGCAUUAGUCCUUAAGUAGCUUGCGAGUCCGGUCAGCUUGGGCACAGGAUGCAAAAUCUGCUCUUCAGUGGGUAGAGAAUUAGUUAGGGUUGUUCCCAGAGGAGGCAGCAAUGCUUCUAGAAACUGUUGGUUUCUCUCAUUGAAUAUUUAGUAGUACUGAAGUCACUGGGUUCUUCACAAAAUACUGGCUACAAUGGCAUAGGGUAUUUUAAAUAGGAAACUCACUCACUUUCUAGUUGUAGCCUUAAUUUUCAGGCAUUCUGGGAAACAAUUUUUCUUUGUAUUUUUUUCUCCCCAUUUCUAGUACACUUGUUUGUAGUCAAUUAUCUUUUAGUUAUGAGCAAAGAGAUUCUUGUAAAACCAGCUGAAUUACCCUAGAAUGCAACAGCUGGCAUUGAAAAAUUUAAGUUCAGUUCCCAUAAAAGUAUAGAUCCAUUUUUGCACAUUUGGAAAGACAUAAAAACUUUUCUAGUUGUUUUUUUUUGUAACUUUCUGUGUUCAUCACCAUGAAGUAAUCAGGGCAAGAGCAGCUAUGGCUCGCAAAGUGGUGCAAGCCAUGGGAGCACCACUGCCACUGCGAACAGAUGUCUGCGAGCAGUUGGAUCCCACAUGCUGCUUUGAAAAUGUGGGCUUGAUGUUGGUGAAAGCUCUCUCUGAAGGUAAACGUCUGUUGCAUCAGAGCCACACAUUGGCCUUUUGAAAGACCCAGCUCCUUUUGAGAAUGACCUUGUUGCCCAGAGUUUGUACGAAGCAAGUGCUGCACACAUCCAGUGAUAUUUAGUGGCACAGUAAUUAUUUUCCAACACAGAUGCUCGAAGUCACCCAUUUCACGAUGCACACAGAGGGAUUUUUACAUGAGAAGGAUGCAGAUUAGCGGUGGUAAUCUUUGCUUUAAAUGUUCAACUUUAACCAAAAGAGAAGCAUUUUAGCAUGGCUGUAGACCUGAAGUAUUUUAAACCAUUUCGGUUCUAUAGAGAAUAUAUAAAAAUCUGUUCAGACAGACGAGAACAGGAGAUGAAUCCUAUGAAUUCAUUAAACAUGGAGUCCUUUAAAUUGCCCUUCAACACCCAUAGGCUUAAACCUACAUGUAUUUUCACUUAUGAGCCAUAGGGGUUAGAAGAGACUAUCCCAUCAUUGCAACACAGGCAUAUAAAAGAGAUUGGCAUAGCCUUCCUUUAGCAAUGCAUGGUGUCCAUGAUUUUGUACUCAUCUGGUUAGGAAACAUACCCAUGUCAAGAAAAGGAGGAGACCAGCUUUGUAAGUACCUUUAAAUAUGCACAACUCCUUUCUUGAUUGAAGCUGUAUCCAUACAUUGCGGUCAUCCUAAAUGUGUUUUACUAAGGCCAAACACUGCUCUCGUGUUAUCUUUUAUGACUUCUUGAAUAUUUUAUUAUGCCUAUGUUUCCCUGUAGAGACGUUCAUUGUGUCAUAGAUCAAAUAUUACUUUUUUAAGAAUAUUUAAAAAAAAUGUAAAUAUCUGUUCAGGUAAAUAUUCUUGAGGCUGGUUUAUAUAUAGGCUGUGAAAGAUGUGUAACAGACCUCACUUCUUCCUGUUUGUUGCAAACUAUUGGAAUAGCGUUCACUUGAAAACUCCCACUUGGACCUUUCAAAGAUGUUCCCUUUCUUCCCCGUCAGCCCAAGUUCUGGUGAUGUGUUUUCUAAAUUAUCCUAACGGCUAUAUAUCAUACUUAGAAAAUGAAGUACAACUUAGAUUGUCCACACUACUUGUGAACAGUUCCAAUGAUGGUCAAUUCUGACAUUAAAGUGCUGCACAUUUGUUACUCUGAUUUUAUUUUUUGUUAUGACAUGGAGAUUUUAUAUAUACUCAAAAAAUGUCAACCAAAAGUCAUUUUUGCCUUCCAGCUCUGUCAAAAGCAGGGUGCAUUGCCUUAUUUGCAGUUUCUUUCCCACUCUCUUGGUGUUCUCCACCAAUUAACAAUUAAUUCCUACCUAAUAAAUUGAUUAAUUAAUCACAAUGAUUAAUUGAAAUGAAAUUAAAGUGAAGUAAUGACCAUUUAGUUAUUCCAUAUCCGUUGGGUAUUCUGACACUCGGGUCACAGAAGAAAAUAAUUCCUGGCUGACAAUAAGACUGGUCCCAAGAUCAGAUGCGUUUUCCAUUCAAUGUUGGGGCUAAAUAGCAGUGUAAUGCAAAUAGUGUUUCCUCUUAGUAUUUCCCUUAAUAUUUCCAUUGUCUAAAUCGAGUGUUUUUACUUAACCUCACUAUACAGCCCCUUGACUAUUUUGAAACUGUCCAUGUGUGUUUUUUUUUUAAUUGGAGAGAAAAGUCACAAGUGCCUUGCGUUGGAAUCUGCGACAACCU